UCCUCUCAGACCACCAGCACACAACUAUUCCUCUCCCUCUCUGUCCAUCUCUUUCCUUCUGCCUCUGCAUCCAUCCAGCUGGGAUCCAGUGAGGGAACCAUGAAGACUCUGUCUGCUGUUCUGUUCCUGGUGCUGCUCUGCUCUGUGCAGCUCGUCUACAGCAAUACACCAGGUCGUCCUGUUCCCUGUUGUAUGGAUUAUUACGAAAAAAGGAUCCCACUGAGUCAGAUUGUCUCCGUCUCCGAGACCAGCAGCAGCUGUCCUAAAAGAGCAUUAGUGUUUGUUACCAAGAAAAACCGGCAUUUCUGUGUAAAUCCAGAGGAGGACUGGGUCAGUAACCAUGUCAGUAAUCUGGACAACAGCAAGAACACUGACUGACAACAGCAUCCAUAAAAACAGCUGAGACCAUCAAUCAUGGAACCAACCUCCAGUCUGACACUGAAGGACUGACCAGAAGAGGAGAUGAAACUCCUGAUGUUAGAUUGUUCACGUCAUCUGAUAUUUUAGCAUGUUUUAUGCUUUGUCUCAAUUUUUACCCUUAUUCUUGUCAGAUAUAUGUAUGAUAUAUUUAUAUUCAUUUGCUUGGGUAAUAUAUAGAUGUCAUAAUACUUAUUUGCUUGCAUUAAAUUCGUGUUUUAAGUUUUUAAGUUUUAUGUUUAUCUCCAAGUAUGAAUAAUUUUUUUGUAUGAGCUCUUCUUGAAUUUAACUUUUUUCUAAUGUGAGAUAAUGUAAUACUAAUUUUAUUGAUUCAGCUGCAUGGUUAUAAAUGUGUAAGUCACUAAUGUAAGUAGCAACUAUGCUUUUGGUAAACAUACCACCAUUCCAUUAUUUAUGUCAAUUAUGCAGGUGUUUUUACUUAAAGUUCAUAUUUUAAGUGAAAUCCUAUUUCCAGCAAAUACAGUCCAUAGUAUUUUAAGCUCUUUUACGAUAUGUGAUGUGAGUUAAAUAAAACAGUUGUUUUGUAAUUUUGUACUUGCAAAAAAAUCUCAUAAAGGUAGUGAAAAACGCUACAACAAUCUAGUUACCAACCGUUUGCAUGUAUUUAAAGAUUUUUUUACAGUAGCAAUCAAAAUUAGAAAACAAGUG